AUGUUCCUCGUCCUGCUCCUGGGGCUCUACGUGGCCACAGGUGAACUUGUCUCCCCAGUGAGCUCCUGCCCGUCGCAGUGCAGCUGUUUUUACCACAACCUGAGUGAUGGAUCAAAGGCCAGGAGCGUGAUUUGCAAUGAUCCCGAGAUAUCUCUUGUGCCUGUUGGGUUCCCUGUUGACACGUCCAAGCUGCGGAUUGAGAAGACAGCGAUCCAGCGGAUACCAAGCGAAGCCUUCAACUACCUCUCCAGUCUGGAAUUCCUGUGGAUGUCUUUCAACACGCUGUCCGCCUUGAACCCAGAUAGUUUCCGGGGACUGUUCAAUCUGGAAGAGCUUCGUCUGGACGGGAAUGCCCUCACCGCCUUUCCCUGGGAAUCCCUCAUGGAUAUGCCCAGCCUCAGACUUCUCGAUUUGCACAACAACCAGCUCACCUCGCUGCCAGCGGAGGCCACCACUUACAUCAGGAACCUCACCUACCUGGAUCUGUCCAGCAACAGCCUGCUGACCCUGCCGGCAGAGGUGCUGUCCACUUGGCUGGCCGCAAAGCCUGUGCAAGGGCCAGAGAGCUCCAAAAUGAUACUUGGUCUCCAUGACAACCCCUGGGUGUGUGACUGUCGGCUCUACGACCUGGUCCAGUUUCAGAAGUUUCCGACCCUUUCAGUGGCGUUCAUUGACACAAGGCUCCGGUGUUCAGCUCCGGAGAGUGUCUCAGGAGUCUUGUUUAGUGACGCAGAGCUGCGACGCUGUCAGCUCCCACGUAUCCAUACAGCUGUGGCACGAGUCCGUAGCGCGGUUGGGAACAAUGUGCUGCUUCGCUGUGGUACCAUUGGAGUCCCUAUCCCAGACCUGACGUGGCGCAGGGCAGACGGACGACUCCUUAAUGGAACAGUUCAGCAGGAAACCUCGAAGGAGGGAAUCACCUGGUCCAUCCUUAGUGUCCCAGCUGUGUCCUACCGUGAUUCAGGGAAAUACAUCUGCAAGGCCAGUAACUAUGCGGGGAAUGCUGAAGCUGUCAUUUCCCUCCUUGUCUCUAAUUCACCAAAACCAGAGGGGAACCAAACCAGCAACGACAAGAAAGCCAAAGUCAAGAAACCCAACCAGAUGGGCAAAGCGGCCUACCAGGAGAAACUGGUGGCCAGGUAUGUGGUUCCAACCUCCACCCCUUCAUCCAUGCCUGCCCUGGAUCCAGGCCUCCCACCUGGUCUUGGUCCUGAUCCUGGACUAGUCAGUUACAGCCUGGCUGACAGAGCCACCCCAGGGCCUGCCACCUCCUCCAACCCAGAUGCGCUGCUGUAUCUGGAGAAGACUAAUCUAAGCAACCUGGCGGCCAACACCUCAUCACUGCAGCAGGACCCAGACAGGGUGGUCCGCUCAGUAAAGGUGGUGGGAGACACAGACAAUACGAUUUCUCUGAACUGGAGGGCUCCUAAAGCCAAGAACACAACAGCAUUUAGUGUACUGUAUGCUGUGUUUGGAGAAAGGGACAUGAGGAAGAUCAAUGUUGGGGCGGGGCAGAACCGUGUAACCAUCGAUGGGCUGGUGCCUAGGACAAAGUACAUUGCCUGUGUGUGUGUGAGGGGACUGAUCCCCAAGAAGGAGCAGUGUGUCAUAUUUUCCACUGAUGAAGCAGCCAGUGCCACUGGCACCCAGAGGCUGAUUAAUGUGAUUGUGAUCACAGUGGCCUGUAUCAUCGCGGUCCCGCUAACUGUCAUCGUGUGCUGUGGGGCGCUGAAGAGACGCAUUCAGAAGUACUGGGGAAAGAAAUCAAAGGACAUUCAAGAUUCAUAUGUGACAUUUGAAACACUGUCCCCUGCCACGAAGGCCAAAGGGCUCGAGGGAGAGUAUUUGAACAGGCUGAACCCAGAGGAGUCCAACAGGUUGCUGUCAGCCCGCUCCAGCCUGGACUCUGAGGCCACAGCUAAGAUAGAGGGACAGCCUAAUGAGUACUUCUGCUGA